AUGCAAUAAAUACCGUCCUGGCACAGGGUUUGAGAGUAUAUAUUCUUAAGAUUUUCAACAUCCUUUGAUUAUAAAGAUCCACCCAUCUACAACAAGAAUGCAAAGCAGAGUUUUUCUAUGUACAUGUAUCUUACUUCUCCAUUUUGGAACGUGUUUUUCUCGACGUAAUGUUCCAGCCAUAAAAUUCAAAGACUGUAGCCAUGUAAGAGCUCUGGGUCAUAUGAAGAACGGGACAUACACAUUAUGGAUGAAUGACACAAAGCCCUUCAAGGUACGCUGUGAGCAUGGAGCGUCUAAUUCGUUCACCGUCAUUCUUCGGAGGAUGUACGGGACAGAAAACUUCUACCGUGGUUUCCGUGACUACCAGUACGGCUUCGGUCAUACCCAGGGAGAUUACUGGGCGGGGCUUAACCAAAUCCACACCUUGACCUCCACAGGUAACAACAUUCUGACUGUAAACAUGCAGGACUGGUACGGAAAUAAUAGAAACGUUCGGUACAAUCACUUCCGGGUCAAUGCGGCGCCAUAUUUUCAGCUUUCCAUUGGAGCAUUUCAAGGUCAAGUUCCAGAUGACCUGGCAUUUAACAACGGCAUGAUUUUUGCCACCUACGACAGAAUCGAUGCUCACAGUUGCGCUAUCCAUCAGAAAGGGGGGUGGUGGUACAACUAUUGCUCCUACGCCCUCCCCACGGGCGUGUAUUACCACGGGGGACCUUACACGCCACCUGGUGGAUAUUACGACGGUAUUUACUGGAAGGAUUGGCAAGGAUAUGGGUAUUCUCUGAAAUAUUUAGCCAUGACUGUUUCAAAUGCCUAAUCUUGACUUGAAAGAGAUGUUGCAAUUUUUUUUUCAUGGAUUUUUGGUCAUUUGGUAGGAAAACAAACUUGAUAUAUGGAAGUAAAUUGCAAAUAUAAGUCCUGUGUACAUGUAAUAGCAAACAAAACUGUGAUUAGUUUUAUGAAGAUAUUGCUCAGUUUUGUGAUGCUAUGUACGGUGUGCUAAUUAAUCUUUAUCUAAUACAUGUACCUCAUGCUUAAAGUAUUUUCUAUUAUAUAUGUUGUUCGUAAAGCGUAUAAAGCGUUAAUUCGUAUGCCAUUGUAGAUUAUCAUGUGAAAUUUUAACAUUGUAACCUCUUGCAACAUUGUUUUAAAAAGUUUUUUAUUAAUAAAUCUUAUAAAUUUUA